AUGAGGAUCUCACGUGCUCUCACGAUUGUUACACUUGCCGCGCAGGCGGUUGCUUUGUCAGUUGGAGGGAGACAGAUGCUCAUCGAAAGAGAGAGUGAUGGCCUUCAGAAUAUUGUUACUUAUGACGAGCAUUCCUUGACGGUUUAUGGUGAACGGAUUUUUAUAUUCAGUGGAGAGUUCCACCCGUAUCGUCUACCUGUACCGGAUCUAUGGCUCGAUAUCCUUCAAAAGACCAAGGCUUUGGGGUUUAAUGCUGUAUCCUUCUACAUCGAUUGGGCUUUGCUAGAAGGGGAGCCAGGGACUUAUCGUGCAGACGGCAUAUUUGCUUUGGAGCCAUUCUUUGAAGCUGCAAAGCAAGCUGGUAUAUAUCUCAUUGCUCGUCCUGGUCCAUACAUCAAUGCCGAAUCAAGUGGAGGCGGUUUCCCUGGGUGGUUGCAAAGAGUCAAAGGGCAACUUCGAACCCGAGCACCCGACUAUUUAGCUGCUACAGACAAUUACGUUGCGAAUGCUGGUGCAGCGAUUGCGAAAGCCCAGAUUACCAAUGGGGGUCCCGUCAUCCUGGUCCAGCCAGAAAACGAGUAUACAGGAUCAACCGGAAAUGUUACGGGAGGUUUCCCUGACCCAGUUUACUUUGCGUACGUCAAGAAACAGUUAAGAGAUGCUGGAAUAGUGGUUCCUUUCAUUAGCAAUGAUGCCUCUCCGAAAGGGUAUUUCGCCCCUGGAUAUGUUGUGGAUGGAACCACAGAAGGAGAUGUAGAUAUAUAUGGCUUCGAUAGCUAUCCUUUGGGGUUUGACUGUGCAAAUCCCUAUACUUGGCCGUCUGGGAACCUCCCAACGUACUUUCAUGCUACUCAUGAGAGAGAAAGCCCAUCGACCUUUGAAUCUAUUGAUGAAUUCCAAGGCGGCUCCUUUGAUCCUUGGGGUGGCCCGGGGUUUGAAAAAUGCUCCGUUCUCUUGAAUAUGGAAUUUGAACGGGUGUUCUAUAAGAACAAUUUUGCUUCCGGAGUUAGUCUAUUGAACAUUUAUAUGAUAUAUGGGGGGACGAACUGGGGCAACCUAGGCCAUUCGGGUGGUUAUACCUCAUACGACUACGGAGCCUCGAUCGCUGAGAACCGCGAGUUAUAUCGUGAGAAAUACAGCGAGCUGAAGCUGGAGGCAAACUUUCUCAAAGUCAGCCCUGCGUACCUCACUGCAUCUGUGGGCGACGCAGUUAGUGGUACUUAUACUGACACAUCAGCAAUCAUCACCACUCCUCUCUUUGGAAAUGGAUCCUCUACGAACUUCUACAUCGUGAGACACGCAGACUAUCAACAAGAAAGUUCAGCCAGCUACACAUUGAGUCUCAAAACAAGCAGAGGCACUUUAUCUAUCCCACAAUUAGGUGGAAGUUUGACAUUGAGUGGCAGGGAUUCAAAAUGGCAUGUAACUGAUUAUGAUCUCGGAGGCACAACCUUAUUAUAUUCAACAGCAGAGAUCUUCACCUGGAAGAAAUUUGAGAAGAGCACGGUCUUGGUUGUGUACGGUGGACCUGGAGAAUUGCAUGAAUUGUCGGUCAUUACCUCAAGUCCAGCAACUUGUGUCGAGGGUUCUGGUGUCAUCACAAAGUCUGCCAACGGGACGACGACGAUUAACUGGCAAACUGAAUCUGCACGCCGCGUUGUCCAAAUUGGCGGUCUUCUAGUCUACAUUCUGGACCGAAACACGGCUUAUAACUACUGGGUCCCUGAUUUUGCACGGAACGAUCAGUGGGGUGCGUACACUUCGAACAUUGGCAACACGACCUCCGUUAUUGUCCAAGCAGGGUAUCUGGUCCGAUCAGUCUUUGUCGAGGGGACAGCCUUGCAUAUAAAUGGGGACCUCAACGCCACGGUGCCAAUUAAGGUUCUCGGAGCACCUACAGGCACGAAAGACCUACAUUUUAACGGCGAGAAACUGAGUUUCACCACUGAUCCAGUCACCGGAGAAUGGUCUUCUACUCUCCAGUAUGAAUCACCCGAAAUAAAUCUGCCCGACUUAUCUUCUCUCUCCUGGAAAUACCUUGAGGAUCUUCCCGAAAUUCAAUCCACCUACGACGAUUCAGCUUGGACCCUUGCUGACCACACCACUUCAAACAACACGGCGUACGCUCUUCAAACCCCAACCUCUCUCUUUGGUUCCGACUAUGGCUACAAUACUGGUAUUCUGAUCUUCCGGGGCUGGUUCGUCGCUCAGGGAAGCGAAUCAAGCAUAUCUCUCUAUACGCAGGGAGGCUUGGCCUUUGGGUCUAGCGUGUUCUUGAAUUCCACAUACAUUGGAUCGUGGCCUGGAAGUGCUGGCGCAGAGAGCAGUAAUAAUACGUACGCCCUUCCUAACUUGGUCGCUGGUAAAACAUAUGUCUUCACUGUUAUCGUGGACAAUAAUGGCCUCGAUGAGAACAACUCAGUUGGACCGUCCGAGAUGAAGAACCCGCGGGGGAUUCUCAAUUAUGACCUCAGUGGAAGGAACCAAUCAGCAAUCACCUGGAAACUGACUGGCAACCUUGGUGGAGAAGCAUAUAUUGACAAAGUCCGUGGACCGUUGAACGAGGGCGGUUUAUACGCGGAACGUCAAGGUUUUACGCAGCCUUUCCCGCCGAACCACGAUUGGGCUACGGGGAGUCCAGAAGAAGGAAUCAGCACGGCAGGUAUCGCGUUCUAUCAAGCCAGCUUUCACUUGGAUCUUCCGAAAGGCUACGAUAUUCCGCUGACCUUCAACUUUGGAAGCACUGUUAUCAACGGUACCGUGGCGGAUUAUCGGGCUCAGUUAUGGAUUAAUGGCUAUCAGUUUGGGAAGUAUAUUAAUAACGUGGGACCACAGGAAGCCUAUCCCGUCCCCGCAGGGAUCCUGGAUUACUAUGGUCAGAAUUGGCUGGCUGUAGAGCUUUGGGCUCAGCAGGACACAGGUGCUCACUUGACAAACUUCACGCUGGAAGCAGGGACGCCAGUUUUGACCUCUAUGAAUGCACCAAAUUUGGCUCCUAUGCCGAGUUACAGCAAGAGGCCUGGUGCUUAUUAG